AAAUCCAAAUCCAAAUCCAAAUGAACAGGCCGACCUUUGCUUGACGUAGAUAGGACUUGGGCUAAUCCGAGAAGUUAAGGGCGAGGGAAGCACAACCCAAGUCGAAGCUUCGCAGAGGAUAUUUAUGUUAUCAUAAUCUGCCACUCCUGAGGAAAACGCAGAGAAAGUACACUAAAAUGCAGGGAAUCCAUUUAUUAGAAUCAGUUCUCUUCUUCUUGCUUUUCCUAAAUCUGUCGCCAGGGACCGUGCGAUCUCAGUCGCUGCCGCCGCCGAGGUACGAUGGGUUCGUGUACAGCAACCACGAAGUUGACUCCAAUACGAUCAUGAUCGAAGCGUUCUUUGACCCCGUCUGCCCUGAUAGCAGAGACUCCUGGCCUCCUCUGAAGCAAGCCAUCGAGUACUACGGUUCUCGCGUUUGGCUUGUGGUUCACCUCCUCCCCUUACCUUACCAUGACAAUGCAUUUGUGGCUUCUCGUGCCUUGCACAUUGUAAAUACGCUGGGUACCAAUGCUACUUUCCGAUUGUUGGAGUGGUUCUUCAAGUACCAGGAAAAGUUCUAUAAUGCCCAAACACUCAACAUGUCGAAGGUGGAUGUGGUGAAUGAAAUCACUAAGUUUGCAGCAGAGGCAGUUGGGAACUCCUACUAUUGUACAAUUGAAUCUGGCUUCAAUGACAGGAAAACUGAUCUUCAAACAAGGGUUUCUUUCAAGUAUAGUACAUCAAGGGGGGUGUAUGGCACACCUUCUUUCUACAUUAAUGGAUUUUCAUUACCUGAUUCUGGUUCCUCUAUUGAUUACAAUGGAUGGAGAAGCUUCAUUGAUCCAUUGAUUGGCGCACAGGGAAACAAUGUCAAGAAGUCUACUCAUUUUUUCCUGCGAUGAAUUUUGGUUAUGCAGGCCUUAGCUCUCUUGUAUCUGCUUUGUGUAAGAUCAGUAUGAUGUUGAAAACCACCAUAUUCCAGUAGUCUUAAAUUUUCUGCUGUACCAGAAGCGAGCAAAGAUAUUCACAAUAAAUGUGCUGGUUAUUAUGUAGU